CAGGUUAGCUACCUCGCCAGCCAUGUCGUCCCCCUCCUCCUCCUCCAGGCGCCAGUGGUGCUACCUGUGCGACCUGCCAAAGAUGCCAUGGACUGUGGUGUGGGACUUCAGCGAGGUGGUUUGCCGUGGCUGUGUGAACUACGAGGGAGCAAAUCAGAUUGAAUUCCUCAUAGCGAGCGCCCGGCAGCUGAAACGGACUCACGGGAUGCAGGACGGCAACGUCAGGUCACCUGGUCCCUCGCCCAAUAAACACGGCACAUCUGGCAGAGGAGAGGCAGCGGCAGACGGAGGGAGGCCGCACACCGACCGCUUCGACAGGGGAGGGAGAGGAGAAAGCACCGGGUCAGCUGUUCGCGUGCCGCCCAACGGGCUGCACCGUGACGGGCAGACGCCUCAAGAAGUGAACCGUCAGAGCCCCAGCGGCAGCCGGAGACCCAUGCUAGGCGCUGCAAUCCCUCCGAGUCUAGUAACUCAGAGUAUCGCAGGGAUUCCCCAUGGGCUGCUCACGGGCAUGCCGGCGGGUCUCACCGCUAGGACAGCCCCCAUGAGUAGCCCCAUGAUCUUCCCUGCCCCGGUGCUGGCCGAGAUGAGCCGCAGGCAGCUGGGCAUAGGAAUGGGGAUAGCCCCUUUUAUCACUCCGGAGCUGGAGCGAGAGCUCAGUUCGUCUCAGAACCAGCCCAAGACACAGACGCAGGUCCACACUGCUGUGGCUGGCAGCAGCGCCAGCAAAAGUACCGGCCUCCCUUCUUCGUCCUCCUCAAUGGCGGGAGGUGUGAGCCAGACGAGCCCCAAGCCUGCCUCAUCCCCAGCCAGGCAGCCACGCCCCCUAGCCGCGAGGUCCGGAGGGGAGCCACUGGGAUCCAGCACCUCAGCAGAGGCGGCCACCACAGCUGCAGCGUUACCCCACAGUGGUGCCUCUGAGCUGGGAUCAGCGUCCACCAGCAACACCCAUUCAACUGGAAACACUCUGUCCUGUACCUUGUGUCACGAGAGGCUGGAAGACACACACUUUGUUCAGUGUCCAUCAGUGCCAGGACAUAGGUUCUGCUUCCCCUGCACCAGGGUGUACAUCCAGAGCCGACGGGGAGAUGGGGAGGUGUACUGCCCCAGCGGAGAGCGCUGUCCAUUGGAUAACUCUCCAAACAGUCCCCCUUGGGCCUUCAUGCAGGGAGAGGUAUCCACCAUACUGGGCACUGCUGGAGCGGGAGCAGGAGCUGCAUCAGCUGCUGCAUCUGUUGCCGGGUCGGGGCCAGGAGCCGCAGCUGCGUCCGGAGCCGGGAGUGGUGCUGCCAGUGGAGCCGGAUCUGGGAGUGGAGAUGUCACUGUCAAGAAGGAGAGAGAGACGUGAUGGUGAUUUCCAUGGAAACCAAGACCCAACACAGCAACAGAGUUGUAUCACAUACCAAAAGGAGAUGUCUGCACUGGACAAAUGAGAGAUCCAGAAGAGAGGCAACACAGUGACCCACAGUCCAGAAAACCUCCCAGCGUACAGGUCUUAACUCCACCUACCCACACUACCCAGUUUUAUCAACAUUAUCAGAUCUUGUCAGAUAUCUGACCAAAGUUGCAAAGACUGCCUUCGCAAAUUGUCAUUAAUAAUUUUAAUUUUUUCUAAAAGUUGACUUUUAACCUAAAUCAUACAGUUCUGAUGUAAUUAGAAUGUGAAAUCACAUCUUAUUAAUCACUUCAAAUUUCCCAGUGCAUCCUCUGCAUUGCGAGUUUACACUCACCAACUCUGGAAAUUAAUCCUAUGUCAAAGUCUCAACUCAGCUAACAGCAGAGAUCUUGGCGAAAUAACGCCAUAACUUUAUCAAGACAGCGAAUGUUAUUACCAAGCAUAUACAUUUAAAUGGCCAUCAUGAUGUACUGUUGGAAUCAGGUAUUCAGGACCAGCCAACAGCUGAACAGUGGCUACUUAUGUAGAGUUAGUAGUAGUUGUGCCAGUUGAAACAACUGCUCCUGCCUACAUUAGCACUGGCUGCUAGCUACUGUUAGCAGCCGGAAAUAAACGGACUGAAGAAACACAUAGACAACAGCAGUUUUCAACAAGAUUGUCUCACUUUUCCACAAACAAAAUCUUACACCAGUAGAAUCAUUUUGAAGAUUCUGCAAUCGCAUUAAAAAAUCUUGAGCGUUCACUUUAAGAAGCAACCAUUGCAAAUAGGACUACAAGUGCGCUGACCACUGAAAUGUCUCAAUUUCUCUCUCUGGCCACCGGUGUAUUAAUCUAUGAUUGGCAUUGGUUUCAUUUGCUAAAGGUAGCUAGCAUAACUGCUGAUGGUAGCUUGUUAGGUGACCUAACAUAGGGAUGUUUACGGUUUCAUAUUACCUUUUUCAAACUCACAGAAAGUAGCCAUGGUCCAGUGUUUAUUGUAACAGUACACUCAAUAUAUUGUUUGCAUGAGAAAGCACAAAAGCUUGCUUCAACAGUUCCACCUCAAACACUGAAAUGCAGCAGCUACAGUUAUAACAUAUCUUUUCCUUGUUGAUGAACAAACUGUUGACUGUCAACUUGAAGCAGGUGGUCAGUAAAAUACAGGCUGUUCUGAGUCGAAGCAAGAUGGAAAUUAACUGUCUCAGACAAAAAUGCCAUUUUCUCUGCCAAUGCUUGGUCUAAAAUUAAAUAAUUGUUCUUCCAUAAAUACAACUUACAUUAACAAAUGAAAUGAAACUAACCAUUAUGACGACAAAGUGUAUCCUUAAAUUUGAAAUACAGGUUUAUUGUUUUUUUAAUUGUUGUAGGACUUAAUCCAUGUCCUGGCGCACAAUCAGAAAUUUUUUUUUUUUCUCCAAACAAAUGGAAAAACUUUCCACUAAAACACCCAAACAUGCAAACCUAUAUGAUAUGUGGACAGAAUGCCAGUAGUGACAUUUCUCUGUACAUCUGUGCAAUUGUUUUUAAAUGAAGCUGACUUUGACCUAGAGAAAGGAGAAUGUUUGCUGUGUAGAAACAACCAGCUACAGAGACUCUGUUUGACUGUAUUUAAAUGUUGCUUUCAUAUCCAGCCCAGCCUACGCUUUUACCCUGAAUGUAUAUGAAAAGAUAUCUAUUGAUAGACCUAGGACUAUAUUUUAUACUAGAAUGUUAAAUGUUAUAUACUGUAUAGACCUAUAACAGUAUGUAUGUGCAAUCCUUAGUCAUAGUAUAUGCAACAGUUUGGAAUAUGUAAUUAAAAACGAUUGCAUAUCUUUUUCUUAAACCGUUUGUUUUUUAAAGUGAGAACCCACCUAAAAGCAGAACAGUUGAUCUUUAAUCCUGAAAGGAUUAAUAUCGUAUAUGAAUGAGUUUCUCCCAAAACUACAAACAAGACAACUACGUAUCACGUGGCGCUUCCAGUACUUAAUUUUCGGUUUCAAAUCAUCAGCAUUGCAAUUAAAUUCAUCGUAUCUUGAUUUAAACAAACAACCACACAAGUCUGGUGAGUUUGCUUUUCAUUCAUAGUCAGUGGAACAAAUGUGGAUGAUCAUGCAUCAGUACAUCUAAACCUGUUUGUCCCAUUUUUCAGACUUAAUUUGAUAGUUAGAUAAACAUCUUAAGGGAUUUAAUAUUCCUAAAUUGAACAAUCCAAUAGUUUAAUACUCGCACGUUAAAACUGAUUAGUUUUUUGGUGGAUUCUCUCUUUAUGUGCAGUAUGUACUAGUCAGUACAGAAGCACAGACAAACCAAAGGUUAUUUUAUGUCCAAACUGAUGCUUCUGGAUGUAAAUGUUUUAUGGAAAAAUAUAUUGCUAUAUUUCUGGCCAGGUCUUAACCGGUUUUCUUCAUCAAGCCGUUGCAGUUUACGGGCCCGUGUGGUCUACUGUACUUAUGGGAUUUUAUAUAUAAAAGUCUAUAGUAUUCAGCAGAUAAGUAUGUAGGCCUUCUAUAUUGAGAGAGUAUCCCACAGAUCAGGUCUGUUGUAGAGAAAUGUCUUUGAAGUGGAAUUUAAGUUUAAUAUGCACUGAUACAUCAUGCAAUCCCUUGUUAAGUGCCUUUUUAAAAUGUUUACCGUCUGUUUGUGUGUCUGGGAACCUCAGGGGAAGCAGGAGUGCAAUGGCUUUUUUAUUAUCUAGUCAAUAAUUAACCUGAAUCUGUUUCCCUUCAAUCGCCAUCGGACGGCUUCUUUCUUUUAUCUGAACCCUUUGUAAAGUCAGUAGACCAUUCAUUGUUUGGACAUGGUCUCUCCUUGCCUCUCUCUAUGUUAAGUUUCUUUUCAUUUACGUGUUAUUUUUAGAUCUGUUGGUUUUACCGCAGCUUCAUGUACAAAAUAGAAACCACGAAUAAAUGGGAUGGAAACUUGU